AUGGCUAUGUACCACUACCCCCGGCUUGGUCUCGAUGUGGUGCUGGAUGAGGACCCUCCUCCCAAGCUCCUCACGGAUGACGUGAAGCACCCAAUGCAGGCGCCACCCAUGCAGCAGCUCGAAUGGAGAAAAGCCGUAAUUUUAAUGGCCAGCUCAGUCACCCCUCUUAAUCUUAAAGUUCAGAAUGGCUCCAUCAGCAUUCUACUCAGGCCUGCUCCUGGUGUGAUCAAAGGCAAGCUUUAUCCUCCAGAGAGUUUGCAGGCUCUGCAGUUCUGUUGCUUCCACUCUGUGACAUCAGUGUCAGUCUCAUUUACCGGUGAUACCGGCGGCCUCUAUCACGAUUACGAUUUUGUUACGCCAGUGGAAGUGGACUCACUUGGAGGAUACAUUUCCCAUGAUGUGUCAAGGCAUAGACGGAGCAGGAGGUCUCUGUCAGAAGCUGGUGGUCUUGUGCACUAUCAUGUCUCUGCAUUUGGCAAGGAAUUACACCUCGACCUACAGCCAUCCCAUGUGCUGGCAGAGGGGUUUACCAUACAAACACUGGGUGCAAAUGACAUCAGCACAGCAACCCUGAACCCUGCCAUUCAUAACUGUCUCUACCAGGGUUCCAUACGCAACCAUUCUGAAUCCUCUGUGGCUAUAUCCACCUGCACAGGUCUGUCAGGUCUGAUCCGCUUCUCAGACAAGGAGCUUUUCAUCACUCCACUACCGCAGCAUUUAGCUUUAAGACACAACUACAGUGCCCCCUCUGGACAUCACCCACAUAUCAUCUACAAGCGAUCAGCUGAACGCAGAGUCCAUGCUGAAAAGUAUGACUGGACCAGCAGCUUUCAAUCAAACAACCCCUAUGAGGACCAUCAUCAUCGCCGUCACCAUCAUCACCAUGACUACCAGCAUGGAAAACUUCAGAGACAACAUUUCUGUGGACGCCGCAAGCAAUAUACACCCAAGCCUCCUACGGAGGAUCACUUUGUCAUGCCUGAUGAGUUUGAACAGCAAAGACGGGUGAAGCGCUCACAGUUUACAUCUAACAAAGAGAGGGGCCUGAAUGUGGAAACUCUGGUGGUGGCAGACAGGAAGAUGCUGGAGAAACACGGCAGAGAGAAUGUCACUACCUAUGUCCUGACUGUCAUGAAUAUGGUUUCCAGUCUUUUCAAAGAUGGAACUAUUGGAACUGAUAUCAACAUUGUUGUGGUCAGCCUCCUUCUACUUGAGAAAGAUCCGCUGGGCCUGUCUAUCAACCACCAUGCAGACCAAUCACUCAACAGCUUCUGCCAGUGGCAAUCAGGCCUUAUAGGAAAAAAUGGCAAGCGUCACGAUCAUGCUAUACUUUUGACGGGGCUGGACAUCUGCUCUUGGAAGAAUGAACCGUGUGACACCUUGGGUUUUGCUCCGAUUAGUGGGAUGUGUAGCAAAUACCGUAGCUGCACAAUAAAUGAAGACACAGGGCUGGGCCUCGCUUUCACCAUCGCUCAUGAGUCAGGACACAAUUUUGGAAUGAUCCAUGACGGAGAGGGGAAUCCCUGUCGGAAGACCGAAGGGAACAUAAUGUCUCCUACACUGGCCGGCAAUAAUGGUGUUUUCUCCUGGUCUGACUGUAGUCGACAAUACCUCAACCGAUUUUUGGGUACAGCUCAGGCUUCAUGUCUAGUGGAUGAGCCCAAACAAAUAGGUCAGUACAAGUACCCUGAGCAGCUUCCAGGUCAGCUGUAUGAUGCGGACAUACAGUGCAAAUGGCAGUUCGGCUCCAAUGCCAAACUCUGCAGCCUGGACAUUGUAAAGGAGAUCUGUAAAUCAUUGUGGUGCCACAGGACAGGGCACCGGUGUGAGACCAAGUUCAUGCCUGCUGCCGAGGGCACCAUCUGCGGACCAGACAUGUGGUGCCGGAGAGGACAGUGUGUUAAGUAUGGUGACAAUGGUCCUAGAGCCGUGCAUGGCCAGUGGUCUGGCUGGUCAGAGUGGUCUGACUGUUCACGUACCUGUGGUGGAGGGGUCAUGCAUCGAGAGCGAUCCUGCAACAGCCCCAGCCCACAGCACAAUGGCAAAUUCUGCCAAGGCCCCAGUCGACUGCACCAGCUGUGUAACACCAAGCCAUGCCAGCCCAAUGGAUUGGACUUCCGAACUCAGCAGUGCGCCGAGUACAACAGCAAACCCUUCAGGGGAUGGUACUACAAAUGGAAGCCAUACACCAAAGUGGAAGAAGAGGACAUCUGCAAGCUGUACUGCAUUGCUGAGGACUUUGAUUUUUUCUUCGCUCUGUCCAGCAAAGUCAAGGAUGGGACAUCUUGCUCUGAUUUCCAAGGAGGCGUGUGCAUCGAUGGAAUAUGUAAGCUGGUGGGCUGUGACCAGGUGUUGGGUUCAAAGGCCACUCUGGAUGCAUGUGGGGUGUGUAAAGGAGACAACACUACCUGCAAAUUCUACACUGGCCAGUACAUCCUCCAGCACAGAGCCAAUGAGUAUUACCCUGUUGUUCUGAUUCCUGCUGGAGCAAGGAGCAUCAGGGUACAGGAAAUGGAGAUCUCUACCAGUUACCUAGCUGUCCGCAGCCUGAAACGGGGCACCUACUACCUGACGGGAGAUUGGACGGUGGACUGGCCAGGCAUUUUCCAGUUCGCCGGCACCACCUUUAACUAUCAGCACUCUUUCAACCGGCCUGAGAGUCUGUACGCCGUCGGCCCCACUAAUGAGACCCUGCUCUUUGAAAUUCUUCUUCAGGGGAAAAAUCCUGGUGUAUCAUGGGAAUAUACUUUACCCCAUCCACAGACGAAGCACAACUACACCUGGUCUGUAGUGCGUUCUGAUUGUUCGGCACCUUGUGCUGGGGGUCGUGUCUCGACGAAGACCAUUUGUCUGCAGGAUCAACAAACGCAGGUCAACUCUUCACUCUGUAACCCUCAGACCAGACCUGUGGUGGGCUCCCACCUGUGUAACACACAGUCCUGCCCUGCCUACUGGAUGGCAGGUAAAUGGGGAGUUUGCAGCAGAACAUGUGGUGGUGGAAAGCAGACACGAAACAUCCGCUGCAUGAGAAAGGUGACGUACCAGCGCGAGGAGGUGGCUGCUCACUCCUUAUGUCCGGUAAUCGCUCUGGCCCAGCUUCAGCCCUGCAACACACAGCCAUGUCCUCCAGAGUGGAGCACUGGCUCCUGGUCACAGUGCUCUAAGACCUGUGGGCGUGGGCUGAAGAAGCGCAGUGUUUUCUGCAGGAGCACUGAUCCAGGUGACAGGGCUGUGGUGGUGCCUGACAGCAUGUGUAAAUUACACCUGAAGCCCAAAGCCCAAGAGACCUGUGUGCUCAGCCGCUGCCCCAAGAAUGAGCAUCUUCAGUGGAUAACUACUGCCUGGGGAGAGUGUUCCACCUCCUGUGGGGCAGGAGUAAGAAGAAGGGAGCUGCACUGUGGGGAGAAAGACUCCCAAGGAGGCUACACAGAAUUCCCCAUGAGGAGGUGCAGGAACCUACACAAACCCCAAACAGACCUUGAGCAAGCUUGUAAUAACAGCCCAUGCCCAGAACCUAAACCACAGCUCAUCCAGCCAAGCCCAGACAAGAGCGGCUCCUCUGUGACUCUGGGCUGGUACUCAUCUCCUUGGUUGCAGUGCACGGUAUCUUGUGGUGGAGGAGUGCAGACACGUAGCAUUCAGUGUCUGAGACAAGGCCGUCAGUCAGUAGGCUGUUUAAAUAACCAGAGACCCAUAAGCUCACGAGCAUGCAAUACACACUUCUGUCCUGCUCCAGCCCCAGUAGCUCCUCCUUCACCCACACAUAAAGAAGACCAGCCUUGCAUCGACUUCUUCAGCUGGUGUCAACUGGUGCCUCAGCAUGGUGUUUGCAAUCACAAAUUCUACGGUCAACAAUGCUGCAAGUCCUGUUACACCAAAAGACAAUAAAGUAGAACAUUUUCACUUUGCAUGAGCCUCCCCACUGACUAAGAGGUUUGUAAUAAUAAUGAUAAAAAUGACCACUAUGGACAAAAUAGAUUUUUUGCGAGAUGUGGCAAAGAGGCGUUCCACAGGACCAUGUUCCUAGACUGAUGAGAGACUAUAAUUAUGAGAGACUGGAAUCAGAGGAACUUAAGCUUUGUUCAUUGGAAAGCUACUCCUGAAUCUGGAUUCUUCAGUGGCGUACCAUAACUGGAACUGCAGAACAUUCAUAUUGUAAAUAUAUUUCUUUCAUUUGAUGCAACCAUCAGCCUAAGCCAUUAAGAACUCCAGGAAUUUGUUUAUAAGUUCAUAUAUGAAGAGAACCAGAUUAACAUUGGAGUUACUCUGGUUAAUGUUUUGAGUCUGAAGUACUGUAGAAUUAGUGUUUGCUUUUUGAGCUCCAAUAAACCCAAGAAACUUUAUCUUUACACGCAGAUCUGGACAUUUCUGCAGCAUGAAACUGAAACACCACAUCCUCAACUUGUAAUAAUUAAAAGGGAUAGUUCAUCCCAAAAUUAAAAUUAUGUAUUUAUUUACUCACCAACAUGUUCUUUCAAACUCAUAUGACUUAAUUUAUUCUGUGAACAAACAUAUAUGUAGAACAGCAAGGCCUCUGCAUACUUCUGCAAACGAACGGGUGUGACAUAAUUUAGAACAAACUGGCCAAAAGGUGUUUUGAGAUUGUUUUAGUGGUAUUUUGCCCAUUAACACUUUUUUAUGCACUCAUAUUUGCAGUGGUAUCUAUGUAAUCAUAAAUGACAAUAACAGAGUGUAAUAGGUGCAUAUUAUGGCCAUGUAUUGCGCGUUAGCUCAACAGGUCCAUGAAUUCAGAAUGUAAACAAGGCCAAUUAAACAUUAUCGACUGAAUAUAUAUUACUUUAAAUCAUCAUUGAGUGGAUAGAACAGCUUUUUUACUGAUAUAUUGUGAAUUCUACUCAGAAUGAUGCAUAUAGUCAUUGAUAACACAUUUUAAUGUCACAUUAUUGAAGGUUUUACUGAGUGUCUUCAUAUUUAAUUGUACAUCUUAAUGCCUCCCACAGCGGUGUGGCAGGUGUCUGAAUGGUUACAAACAGUAUACCAUUUCUCGGCUGUUUUUAAAUUCUUUUUACCCUUGAAUGAAGAACUUUUCUGUAAGUGUGCUGAGGUCACUAUUCACUGUCAUUGCAUCUUUUUUCCACACAAUGAAAGUGAAUGAGACUUAUAUUCUGCCUACUUUUGUGUUUCAACGUGAACAACAUGAUGGUGAGUAAAUUAUGACAAUUGUAAUUUUUGGGCGAACUAGCACUUUAAUAUAGUACUAAUUGCUAUACAUGACUUAAACAGUGAAUCUGUGUUUUUGGUAUAAUAAUAAGUGCAUUGCACAUUUUCAUUCCAAACUGAUCAGUGGUGUGACCUUGUGUUUUUCCCCAAACCACUUACGAAACCACACAAUUGUACAUAUUUAGAGUUGUCUUUAGUAAAAAUUUUUUUUUAAUGUUUACAAACUCUACUACAGUAGAGCAUCGUUUCCACAUCUUCACCAGGAUACCGAUUUGAAAAGACAUUAACAUGCUCAUUUUAUCUCAGUGAAACUUGUCCAACCUGGUAUACUCUACUGUAAGGAGUCACUACCCCAUCUGCUCAUCACAGAAGACUAAAAGAGACAAGAUGGAUUUAUGUUUAAUGAAGAUCAGUACUUCUGCUGAAAUAUGUAGUGGAGCCAUUGUGUGUGUGUGAGUGCCUGUAUGCGUUCGCGUAUGUGUGUGUAAUGUUUGUGCAGUUCAUGCAGUGCUAUCUCCCAUGUGUAAGUGUGAGGGCUGAGCUUGUCCUAGAUGUGUGUCAGUGAGAGUCGAGUAGAUUGCUCUCAGUUACUUUUGGGGGACCAAUUAGUGUGCAGGAGUGAGUGUCAUGUUCAGGACGAGGAGCGGCUAACAAACCCAAACCCCUUUGGACUUGGGACCUCAUCUCUGUUUACUUUUUAGUGCUCUGUGUCUCGUUGUUUCACUCUGUCUUUCUCUCCCUCCCUACCUCUGCUGUUUUAUACAUGCCCAGGGCUUGUGCUUGGCAGAAAAGUAGAUCUACACCUACUCAUGUCUCACCUUUGUAAGCUUUGCACAGAGUUCAGGUAGGCUGGGGCAGAGCCCUUCUCAGGCUAGCAGUGCUCUAACAGUAAACAUUGGAGCAGAUGGCACAUGAAGUAUAGCACCAGUUCUAAUACUGUCUAAGUUUCAUUUUACACACUUCAUUACCAAUCCUCUAUCCCUUUGAAGAGGUAUUUGCAUGUAAUAAUGAGUUCAAAAGGUCAAAGUAGAUGUUGCACUGCAAGAUGCUCUAUUCUCAUUUGUUUACCUGUAACAUUUUAAAGGGUACAUUUAAAGUUUAUUUCUAGUCAUAUAACUUUAUUUUCCAAACCUCUGGAUCUCUGAAAAAUGAACUCUUGGUUCCCUGUGUUACAUUGGUUCCUUUCGCAACUUUGAAAGUGUUCCUAAGUUGACUAUGUGUAUGUUGUUCAAAUAAUGAGUCAUUUUGCAAUGUCUUUCAUAAUUGCCUGAACUGAAAAUGUGUGUAAUUUAUUACAAUGUCACAAUAGUUCCUGGGCUACAGUCUCUUUGGGGGGAGCUACCUGUAUAAUAGCACACUAUAAGUGUAUUAUUUAAUAUUUUCA